GACGGCCCACCUUUCGGUAUCUUUGCGGUCUUACCGUCCUUUCCUAACCGCCAGCCUGGGGCCCAGGAGAAAUUAGGGAAGUCUGGUUAGUGAUGGGGAGGUUUCCGUUGGCGCGGCGCUGGAGCGAAUGUCGAAAGAUGCUGUGAGGCGAGUAUUCUCUGGCAUUCAGCCCACAGGAACCCCCCACCUGGGCAAUUACCUGGGGGCCAUUGAGAGCUGGGUGAGCUUGCAGAACGAGCCCGGCUCCGUGCUGUACAGCAUCGUUGACCUGCACUCCAUCACUGUCCCUCAAGACCCAGCGGUCCUGCGCCAGAGCAUCUUGGACAUGACUGCGGCUCUCCUGGCCUGUGGCAUAAACCCAGAGAAGAGCAUCCUUUUCCAACAAUCUCAGGUGGCUGAACACACACAAUUAAGUUGGAUCCUUACCUGCAUGGUCAGACUACCCCGAUUACAACAUUUACACCAGUGGAAGGCAAAGAGUGCCAAGCAGAAGCACGAUGGAACCGUGGGCCUGCUCACGUACCCGGUGCUCCAGGCAGCCGACGUCCUGCUGUACAAGUCCACACACGUUCCUGUCGGGGAGGAUCAAGUCCAGCACAUGGAGCUAGUUCAGGAUCUAGCACGAGGAUUUAACAAGAAGUAUGGGGAGUUCUUCCCGGUGCCCAAGUCCAUUCUAACAUCGAUGAAGAAGGUAAAAUCUCUCCGUGAUCCUUCUGCCAAAAUGUCGAAAUCAGACCCGGACAGACUGGCCACCGUCAGUAUAACAGACAGCCCAGAGGAGAUAGUGCAGAAGUUCCGCAAGGCGGUGACAGACUUCACCUCGGAGGUCACCUAUGACCCGGCCCACCGCGAGGGUGUCUCCAACCUGGUGGCCAUCCACUCCGCCGUGACAGGGCUCCCCGUGGAGGAAGUGGUCCGCCAGAGUGCCGGCCUCGACACUGCUCACUACAAGCUGCUGGUGGCAGAUGCUGUGAUUGAGAAAUUCGCUCCAAUUAAGAGUGAAAUUGAAAAACUGAAGAUGGACAAGGACCACUUAGAGAAGGUUUUACAAAUGGGCUCAGCAAGAGCCAAGGAAUUAGCAUAUCCUGUGUGCCAGGAGGUGAAGAAGCUGGUGGGGUUUCUAUAGGAAGUUUCAACUGAUCACAGAAAGGCUCUUCUGUUUUGUGGUCUGUGCACUCCGAGAAAGGCAGCUUUCCUCCUGGACAAGCAGAAAAUUGUAGUUUGGGGGCUAUUUAAUUUGGUGUACUUGAUAUUGGCUUCAUUUGAUGAAGAAUGUUUUGUGGCCUGCAAAUAGAGCAGUAUUCUAAAUCCCAUCAGCAAAAUGCUGUGGCCAGGAAAGAAAAAAGCAAAGAAGGCAUAGCUUUCUGAGUCCUCAAUAUUUGAGGCACACACUCCCCAGCCUGAUUUACAUACACAGAUGUGACUGAGGUGACUGGUAAUUUGGCAAAAGCGGGGUAUCAUCUGUGUCUUUCUCAAGUGCUAUCAUAGGCAGUCACUUUAUCUGUCCCAACCCUUUUACAGUAAUAGGGAGAGGUCUCAGACUUACAAUCCUUGGGAUGCCAUUGGGACCAACUUGUAUUCAAAUCUCAUAAAAAUAAGUUGAUUAAUAUAGUUCAUUUGUCACUGAGAUGGUGCCUGAUUUAAAGCAUUUAAGCUGUUUGUUUCCCAAGAGAUUAUACUGAUUGUUUUGGCAAGUUUUUUUUGUGUGUUUUUGUUUUUAAUUCAGAGAUGCAUAUAAAGGCUGUGUUAUUUCAACUUGAUAUAUUUAUUGUUCAAGAACCCAGACCCUAGAUGAUGUUCCUAGUAGGUACUUCCAACCCCCUGUGAAAGACAUAGGAGAGGAAUUGCCAUUUUACAUAGAGGGGAGGGAGACACAGAGGACACAGUUGGCUCAAACAGUAUCUCUCAGGAAGUGAGAGGCAAAUCCAAAAUGAAAACCUUUGCUCCUUACAUGAGCCUCCAACCUUUUGAAGGUGGGUCCUGGAAAUAUAAGACCUGAACUACCAGACUGUUUCUAUCAGUAACUCAACCAAUGCCGGCUUUAAAUCUGGUUUCUACCAGACUUGGUCACAUUUGCUCCUCUAGUCCCGAGGCAGGUCCCCUGUACUUAUUGCAGAGGCACUUCCAGGUAGACCCUGCCAGACGACAACAGCUGGGAGGCCGGAGCAGUGUGAGUGGAAACCUCCCAUGUCCUUCUACCUCGUCUCUCUAAGUAAUAACAAGUCACUCUGAAACCUGCACUCCCAUUUCCCACCCCUGAAAAUGGGAAGGGUAAUCCUGACUUGCCAGGGUCUGUUAGCAAGAUUGAUUUUGUAACAGAAAUUGCUUAUCAUUUUUUGCCAAUGAGUAUAAUGAUCGUCAUUUAUACACAAAAGACUAGUAUGUUGGGCAAAGACUUUUUACUCAUGUUUCUUAAGAGAGGAAUGUAAAAAGGUCCUUGUAUUAACAGAUAUAAAUCACAAAACACCGCAUCCCAGAAUCCAAAGUAAAAGACCCCUUUUUGGAUCCUUUCUUGGAAUGGGGUACCAAUGGUCCUAGAGGAGUCUCUUUGGGCAUAUUUCUUCCAAGGCUGUUUUAUUUUUCCUUUCAGAUGAACCCUAUUAUGAAUACUGGAAAAAUACAUUAAAGGUGGAUCUAUCAAA